GAUCAAUCAUCCUCCUUCCUCCUCUUCAUUUCGAGCAACCGAAAACAUUUCAUUCCUUUCCCCCCUUUCCUUUCCUUCCCUUCCCUUCCCUUCCCCUUCCAUUCUCCCUGUUUCCCCUCACUUCCAAACAAACAAACAAACAAGCCGUAAAAGUCAGAACUUCUUUCCUUUUAAUUUCCUGUCUCUCAUCUUACCUCUAGAUGUCUGAACCCUAACCACCGAAUCCUAAACUUAUAGUCGACAUUUUAGGAUAGUCACCUCCAUCGCCGACGGCCAACUGCCAGCUACCGACGUUGCGAUCAUCGCCUACGAUUUGGCCGUCUCCUUCACAUGAAUAUCUUCUUCCUUUUUCUUAUUCACAAUCAUCAUCUCCCUUCUCUCUAUCGUCGCUGGUGACUACCCCCAUCACGGCCUGUGAUUGCCUAACCUCGUUUCGCAUUUUCCCUAUUUCCCAUCACAGUUGGGAAAUCGAUAAUUUAUUUGAUUAAUUUUCAUCUGUUUUAGCCAUUAGGUGGUGUGAUCGCAUCACUCCUAUUUCCUCCGUCCGUCAAUAUGGAAUUUGAGGUAAAUGGUGAUGCCAAUGGUGUGGUGGUGGGAACUGUUGAGUUGGAAGAUAGCAGAGCAGGUGAUGAAAAUGAAAUUGUUAUAAAUUCUGCUGAAGAGGAUUUUCAACAAGAUCAGGAUGAUAAAGUGGAUAAAGAGUCUUUAGGUAAGGAUGCAAUUCUGGAUGGAGUUCCAUCUAUAGCUAUGGUUCCAGCAGAUGAGCCCUAUGUGGGACAGGAAUUUGAAUCUGAAGCAGCUGCACAUGCAUUUUACAAUACUUAUGCUACACGUGUGGGAUUCAUCAUCCGUGUCAGCAAACUCUCUCGAUCAAGGCGUGAUGGAUCUGCCAUUGGUCGGGCACUUGUUUGUAAUAAAGAGGGUUACAGAAUGCCUGACAAGCGAGAAAAAAUUGUAAGACAAAGGGCGGAGACGAGGGUUGGCUGCAGAGCAAUGAUUUUGGUGAGGAAAGUAAGUUCUGGUAAAUGGGUUGUUACAAAGUUUGUUAAGGAGCACACUCAUCCUUUAACACCUGGUAAAGGCCGAAGGGAUUGCAUUUAUGAUCAGUAUCCGAAUGAACACGAUAAAAUCCGUGAACUAUCGCAGCAGCUAGCUCUAGAGAAAAAGAGGGCAGCGACGUAUAAAAGGCAUUUGGAAUUGAUAUUUGAACAGAUUGAGGAGCAUAAUGAGAGUCUGUCAAAGAAGAUCCAACGCAUAGUGGAUAGUGUGAGAGAGAUGGAAAACAGAGAGCAGCAGAGUCGUGUAUAAAUCCAGUAAAUUUCGCUCUUUUUUUUUUUGCUAAAAUGCAAAAUUUAGAAUUGGUAUACAGAAUGCUGUUGGGUAGCAACAGAUUCUCAUGGGUUAGAUGCCACAUGCUGACUUUCUCUUUCUUAGAUUUCCAGUUAGUUUACACAUUGUGAAAAUGCGUUGAGUUAGCAGAUUCAUUUGGGUAUUUAGUAUAAUUAUGCUCCAAUUUUUGGAGCACAUGACGGGUAAGAAAAAUAGAGAGUUGAUGUAUAGUUCUCCAAUCCCAUGAUUGCACGGUUGUGCAAAAAAUGUGAAAAUGGUCUUACUGAAAAGGGCAUCAUUGUGUCCCUUGGAAGCUCAACAUUGCAUUCCAUUGCCAUUUAUGUAGAAUUUCAUUUCAGGUUCUUGUUUA